AUGUUCAGAAGAACUGCCCAGCGCUCGUUCCAGAGAUUCAACUCCCACGGUCACGGCCACGUGUCCAAGCUCAUCAAGGAGGACGCUUUCAAGGGAAAGUACAACAAGCAGGCUGGUGAGGCCUUCAAGCAGAAGAUGGAGGAGACCGCCCACCACUCUCAGAGUGUUACCGCUUUGUGGAAGAAGAUCACUCUCUUUGUUGCCUUCCCAGUGGUGGCAUUGACUGCCAUCCCUAUCACUAAGGUGGAGCUUGACCACGCCCACCACAGAGAGCACCAGAGACACCUCAGCGACGAGGAGUGGCCCACUCAGUACGAAUACCAGAACAUUAGACUGAAGAAGUUCUUCUGGGGCGAUGGAGACAAGACCUUGUUCUGGAACUCUGACGUCAACAGACACGUGGAGAACUAA